AUGUCCGCCCAUGUUGAGGUUGUCUCGACCGACUUUCGCCGAGUCAAGGUCAAGGUUUCUCCUGGCACUCAUCUGGUCGAUGUUCUCACCGAGGCCUGCAAGAAACUCAACUUGAACGCCGACAAGUACUUGUUCAAACACAAGCAGAAGGCUGUCAACUUGUCCGCACCCUUCCGAACAUCAGGUCUCGUUACUGGUGCCAAACUGGAGCUUGUCCUGAAGUCCAGCAGUCCCUCUGUCGUUUCGAUAGCACUCGAUGUUGUGGGCCGCAGGUUCACUAAGAAGCUACCAAGUCAUAUGACAUUGUGGCAGGUAAUGCGGCAGUUUGAGACCGCGGAAAAGGACCUGAAUAUCACAGGGAGAGGCUCGCCAAAGCCAAACAGUGGGAACAGCGGCAGCGGUCAGCUGUACUAUGAGGCCCCAGUCGUCAAUAUCUUGGGCAAGGAGUAUUCUGCUCUAGAGGACUUACAGAAGACGCUGUCACAAUGCGGAAUAAACUCGGGCAGUAUUGUGCUCAGGGUUGCAUUCCGAGACUCGGACAAGACUCUAUAUGAGGCGAUGGAGGAAAUUAGCGGGUAUCUGAAAGAUGUCGCCGUAGUGGAAACCGAGAAUCAGGAAGAGACAACGGCCUCGGUACUCUCGGUCUCGGAAGGACCUAAACUAGGGGACGCUCCUGCUGCGCCUAUAACACAGCCGGAUGCCGCACCAGCCCCAGAAGCCACAAGCACCAACGAAAUUAAACCAAAUGCAACGACUACAGCAACGGAACCGAGUGCGCGGUUUGAGUCAAGUGCGCCAGUUGAGUCGAUUGUGGCGGGCGAUGCUAUGGACAUCGACGAACCCUCGACUACGGCUGUCGCUGUUGGCCAUAUCCAACUAGAUGGCGUUUUCUCAGCGCCGUCAUCCUCUACACCUAUCGCGGCUCAAAUUUUCGAGGAUGAGUCUGUCUACGAGCCCACUAUCGCACACGCGCAGCUCCGCCAGCAACAACUGAAUGCGCGUUCUCAAAACACGCGUCUCAAGUCCGAUGCCGAGCUAGCUGCUGCCGCAGCUCAAGAGGCUGCGAAGCUUGCCAAGAUCUCCACGGUGCAUAUCAAAGUCCGCUUCCCCGACCAAACCUCGGCACAGUGGAUCAUCGGCCGCGAGGAGACGGGUACUGUGUUCUACGAAGCUGUUCGAGGCGUCAUGGCUCACCCCAACCAGCCCUUUAAGCUUAUCAUGUCGGGGACCAAGACAUUUAUCCAGGAAGAUGAAAAACCGCUGAUCACUAAUUACCGACUUAAAAGACACGAACUCCUGAUUUUGAUGUGGGAGGACGAGGCAUCGUCCGAAGCUCGAAAUGCAUCGUUCCUCAAGAGUAGCGUCGCAAGCAAGGCACAAGCAGUUGUCGUGCCAGAAGUUCCGAAGGAAACGGAGGAGCAGGAGGGCACUGCUGGACCGUCUACCAUUCCCGGCAAGUCAGAGAAGAACUCCGGCUCGGGUUUGGAUGGAUUCCCUAAGAAACUGCCCAAGUGGAUGAAACUUCCGGGUAGGAAAUGA